CCAAACUCUUCUGAUCGUGACAAGACUCCAAAGCUGAUAAACCAAGACGAUGGCCGGAACUCUACCUCCUGAAACUCGAAUUUCUUCCUACAGAAUUAACUUUGCGAUGCAAAAUCCUCGGAUUUCGUUCCAUCUCGAUUCCCGUUGAUGUCCUCAUAUGAAAAUUCGAUAGCGAAGAAAAAUCUAGUCAUUUUGUCUUCACAUCUUCUAGUUCUGCCGAUUUUGUUUCGUACAGCCUCGUUAAUCUGAUAAUGGUGGACACCUUCACAUUUGGAAGGUUUCACUUCCAAAGACCCGACUUCAAGCUGUGUGUUCCUGCAUUUCUAUCUUCACGCAAGAUAUUUUUCACUGUUCUCUGGAUCGUUGGAUUUACUUCCGUUUUCAUAUGGCAGCGCAACUUCGUUUAUGGCCUUCGAAUCUUCCAGCAAGACCCGUCUGCAUCCAGUCCGAAUUUACGGUUAUUUGCGUUCAACUUGACUGAUUUCGGUGGUGUUGGCGAUGGCGUAACAGUGAACACCAAGGCAUUCGAGAGGGCAGUGGCAGCGAUUUCUAAGCUGGAGAAUAAAGGCGGCGGACAGCUUAAUGUGCCUGCUGGGAAUUGGCUUACGGCGCCAUUUAACCUUACCAGUCACAUGACUCUGUUUCUCGCUGAAGAUGCUGUUAUAUUCGGAAUUGAGGAUGAAAAAUACUGGCCACUGAUGCCUCCUUUGCCAUCUUAUGGAUAUGGGAGAGAGCAUCCUGGAGCACGAUAUGGGAGUCUGAUCCAUGGUCAAAAUCUCAAGGAUGUCAUUAUAACAGGGCAUAAUGGCACCAUAGAUGGACAAGGUAAAGCGUGGUGGGUAAAGUACCGUCAGAAACUUCUCAACCAUACCAGGGGCCCACUUGUGCAGAUCAUGUGGUCAAGUGACAUCUGGAUCUCUAAUAUCACCCUGCGUAAUUCUCCUUUCUGGACCCUCCAUCCCUAUGACUGCAAGAACGUAACUAUCACAAAUGUUACCAUUUUGGCACCCAUCCUUGAAGCCCCAAACACAGAUGGAAUAGAUCCUGAUUCAUGUGAGAAUGUGGUGAUAGAGGAUUGUUACAUCAGCGUAGGAGAUGAUGGAAUUGCAAUAAAGAGUGGUUGGGAUCAAUAUGGAAUUAAUUAUGGCCGGCCUUCCACCAACAUUCUCAUCCGAAACCUUACUGUUCGCUCAAUGGUGAGUGCGGGAGUAUCAAUAGGCAGUGAGAUGUCUGGUGGAGUCUCAAACGUAACAGUGGAGAAUCUUCAUGUGUGGAGCUCGAGACGGGCAGUCCGGAUCAAGACUGCCCCUGGAAGAGGAGGAUAUGUUCGACACAUAAUCUACAGGAAUCUGACCUUUGACAAUGUCCGGGUGGGAAUCGUCAUCAAGACCGACUAUAAUCAGCACCCAGAUGGUGGGUACAAUCCCAAGGCUCUCCCAGUCCUUGAGGAUAUAAGCUUCACGGGGAUCCGUGGCCAGGGAGUUCGAGUACCAGUUCGAAUCCAAGGCAGUGAAGAGAUACCUGUGAGAAACAUAACAUUCCGGGACAUGUCAGUGGGGAUAUCAUACAAGAAGAAGCACAUCUUCCAGUGUGCUUUUGUUCAGGGACGGGUGAUUGGAACCCUCUUCCCUGCAGCAUGUGAAAACCUUGACCUAUACGAUGAACAAGAACGGCUGGUUAAGCGGUCGACAUCCCAGAACGUUACAGACAUAGAUUAUGAUUUCUGAAGCGGGUUUCAAGAUUAAAUUCAAGUUUGACGGGGCUUCAUCUUGUGUAUAUCGAUACAAUUUUGGCUGCAGUGGAUGGAGCAUUUGUGGGACUUGGGAGUAUGUUCUUUGUUAUCUUUUGUUGCAGCUUCUUCGUUCUUGCCGGUUUUUACAUAUGGGGUAAAGGUUCAAUUGUUUAUGUUUAUCCAUUCAUGGAUUAAUUGAGUGGGGAUUAAGCAUAUCAUUUGCCAAUGUCUGAAAAAGAAUUUUUGCUUUGUUGAAUGUCGAAUGGCAGAUAACAUUCUUUGAUUCAUUAUCCAGUUAUCCAAGUUGGUGUGAUUGUUAGGUCUGGGCUCCAAAUCUCCUGUGCUUGGGAGAAAUUUCAUAUGGUAUAAGCCUAAGGUCAAUGGGUGGUGGUAGUACAAUGCCCAUUGAUUGUUUUUAAUUGUGGCAGCAAAUAAACCUUUUUCAGGAGCCGCAAGCGUUGGCGGCGGCGGCAUCAGAACUAGUCUCACACAUCUUCUGGAUUUGAACACUGUUGAGUCAAAAGUCGAAGCUGUACUCAAUGUGUUCUUAUUUUCUUAUGAAGGUAUUUGUUAUCUUAAACGUCAAAAAUUCGUAAAGGUUUGGUGGCUGUCAUGAUCAGGUAGGACAUGUUUCUUUAUCUUUGUUUCAAGACCUGUACAAGUAAUCUACGUUGCUUGUGCUAAUGAUUUACUACGUCUCUGUUUGAAA